AUGUCUUCACCUCCUUUCUCAGAUGCAGAAGAAUCUAAUGUCACACCAUCAACAACAUCAACUUCAUCAAUUAUAAGUCGCAAGAAGAGAAAAGCUAAUGCCGAAACCUCUCAUAGUAAUAAAAGCUAUAUCAGUUAUUUUUUUCAUAUAGAUAAAAACAACGUUGAACUUACAUACUAUAAAAUAUGUGUGCAUAACCUUGCUGGCUCUCGGCAACCUCCAUAUCCAUAUACAUAUAAAGGUGGCAACACAUCAAAUAUGAUUGCCUAUUUACACAACAAGCACAAAAUAAUCAAAGAUAACUAUACUGAUUAUUUGGAUGAACAUAAUAAACUAAUAGAUACUAACCAAGUAGAGUAUUUGCCUUCUGUUGCUACUGAUGGUUUACUUUGUAAAUUAGAAGCAAAUUCUACACAAGCUGAUGUGAAGGAAGAUGAUGAUAAAAUAAUGUACUAUGUAAAGUUGAAAGAAAUCAAAAUUAAUGAUGAUCCUUUAGAAUGGUGGCUAAAAAAUAGAAGUAGCUUGCCCAUUUUGGCUCAAUUAGCACACAAAUAUCUCUCUGUUCCAGCAACCUCUGUUCCAAGUGAGAGAUUAUUUUCCGAUGCAGACAAUUAUAUUUUGGCAAAAUGA